CGUUGCAGCCGGCUGCCACCGCCGUCAUCACUCCAAGAUCGCGUCGAGCAUCGCCGCGUCGGGCUCGUCGUCGAAGGCGACCGCAACCGGCGGCGACGCGUUCGUCGGCGCCGCCAAGGGCAGCGCGAGCUCGACCUCGGUCGCGUGGUCCGCGGCCGCCGACUCGACCGCGUCGCCCUCUUCCUCGUCGUCGACCGGCUCGUCGUCGUCAUCGAGCUCGCUCGGGUGGGGCCUCAAGGGCAUGAAGAAGAACAACAUCGCGUUUGGCUGGCUCCCGGACGAUGGCUCCGGCGGCGGCACGGCUCACUCGAUCGGCGACAUCGAGUCGUCCAUGGGCCAGAAGACGUCGGCGCAGGGCUGGUACGCCCAGGCGCAGUCGGGCACCCUGUUCGACGGCUCGCAGUUCAAGUGGCGCAAGGACCAGAUUCUGUCGGGCGGCGUCUUCCAGCCGGCUGUCAUGCCGACCGGCGGCUGGUGGGGCCUCAAGUACGAGGACAACCAGCAGGCUGUCGCCAUCUGCAAGGUCAUGAAGGAGUACACCGACGCCGGCCUCGAGGUCUGGCUCCGGUUCGCCCACGAGGUCAACUACUACCAGCAGGACGGCACCUACCAGGGCGACGUCAACGACUUCAAGGAGGGCUGGGACGUCGUCGCCAAGGCGUGCCGCUCGAUCGCGCCCGAGGUCAAGAUGUGGUACACGCCCAACGUUGCCUCGCUCGACGAGUACGACGAGUUCUUCCCCGACGACGCCUCGACGGUCGACCUCAUCGGCGUCGACUGGUACCCGAAGCAGACGUCCGACUUCGACUUUGCGACGGGCUCGGGCAACAUGAAGGCGUUCCACGACAAGUACACCUCGGGCAACGGCAUCAAGUUCGCGAUUGGCGAGAUCGGCCUUGGCCAGGGUGCGAGCAUGUCGUCGCGCGUCGCAUGGCUCGAGAACAUCAUGGGCUCGAACGAGCAGAUGCCCAACAUGCUCGCCGUCUCGUGGUUCAACUACUACAAGGGUUACGACUUCCGCAUCGCCGCCUGCGACGGCGACUCGGCGACCAAGCAGUACUUCGCGUCCUAGAUGCGCUCGUCGUCCAGCACCAGCUCGCCUCCUUCUCGUCGUCUCUCAGGGUCUUCCUCGUGUCACCGUCGCCGUCCAUUCAGUUUUCCUCCUCGUCGUUCUUCACGCCCGCUCGCAACCGCCUCCCGAACCAGACGAACCCCGCCUGCCGUCACCGCCCUCGCAGUCGGACCCCACGCUCUUUACCUGUAUCCCCACGACGUGCCCUCCCUCCUCGUGCAUUUCCCCCCUCUUAGCCUCCUCCCUUCAUCAUGACCUCCUUUAGCGCCCCGACCCACCUCUUCAUCUUUGUUAUUCUCUCACGACCCACCACCCCUCCCCUCUCCCGCCCUCGUCUCGCGUGCCGGUCGCGCAGGACGCUCGGCGGGAGCUCUCAGCUCUUUCUCUUCUCUCCCCUCCCCGUCUCUUCUGGCCAGGUGCUCGAGCGGGAGGUGUGGCUGCAACAUGCCUGGGCCUUGAUGGCCCUUUUCUUUUA